AUGAACAAUCAAUAUUUAGCAAACAUGUCUUCAACUGAUGGAGAUGCCGAUGUAACCGAGGGACUUGGCCGUGACCAAACCCUCAACAACAUCGAGAAGCAAGAAUCUCCCCGACCUCGUUCUGUUGCUACACCUGUCAAGUCUAGCAUUUUUUCUAAUUCUCAAGCUAAAAUAAACACCAAAGAUCUAUUCGCUUCGAUCGAGAUAGAUGAUAGCUAUGAUCCUGUCACGCCAACCAAUGCAUCAGCUAAAGCUGUUCGUGGUAACGGAAGACAGAGUGUCAGAUCUCUAUCACCAAGAAAAGCUGCUAGUACUAAGGGCACACCUUACCAAGUCUCUAAGAACAAUCAAGCUUCAAAAAAGGAAGAGAUCAAGGAAAGCCGCGAGAUCUUCGACCGCAUACUACGCGGCGAGUAUUCCGAAGAAGAUGACGAUGACUGGGAGGACGAGAACGAUGGAGCCAAGUCCCCCAAAAACGCUUGGCACAAAGCUCGUAAGGUGAUUGGCUCUGCUGGUAAACCCACGCAUCCAAAUGGUCGAGUCGAAGGACGCAAGCUUGUACCUUGGCACAAAGUAAGAAUGCCUGAAAAGCUGAUUCUCUGCAUUGUGUAUGAAUGUCGCCGUGCAGAAUUAAACAUUCCGUGGGAUGAUAUCGCUCACAGAAUGCGCCCUGGUAGUUCUGGUGCAGCUACCGUACAGCAUAUCAAUAAGAUGCGUGAGAUUCUUAUUCCCGAAGGUCACCUUGUUCCUCCUCAUUUUGCAAAGAAGCAUCCUGUUGAUCCAAAUGUUCGUGGAUACAUUCGUGAUAUGAAUUCUGAGGACCCAAAGGCAACUCGUGCAGUUACUUGGGAUGAGGAGAUUGAUGACUUAAAGGAGAGUCUUGUUGUUCCUGGUAUCACCAGAGGCUCAGGAACCUAUCGUCGCGAUAGGGCUCGAUGGCAAAACAAUAAGGCAACCAUCGUCGAGGAAACACCUACUAAGACUGUCUCUAGUCGACAACGUCCUGAAAAGCGAGCAUCAAAGGCAAAGACUGAACCAAAAGAGAAGUCUUUCAUGGUCAAGAAGGAGCGAUCCGAAUCAAUUGACCCCAUUGAGAUGCCAUCAGACGAGGAUUACGACCCCGGAAAUCGUCUUAAGAUCAAGGGUCAUCGCAAGCGUAAGGUCAAGGUCAAGACCGAGCGUAAAUAUGAUUUGGAUGAGACCAGCGAGUCCGAGGGUGAAUCAUUUGGAUACUCUGACGAUGACUUCCUUGAAGAGACACCCUGCAAGAAGUUUGCCGGAAAUCAUGCAGCGACACCUUUAGCCAGUUUGCCAGUAAAGCUCAAAAUUUCACCCGAUAGGCUAAAGAAUUUCGCUGCAGGCGCUUCCGUGAAAUUAGCUGAAGAGGAAGUUGCAGUCGAUGAGACUGAGUACAUGGACAGAUAUGGCGAUGGUGAUGAUGAUGCAGAGACGAUUGUCGAUGCUCAUGCUCGCGAUGUUGAUGAUGCUUUUGGUCAUGAAGGCUUGCAUCUCAACAAUGGCAAUGCUGGGCUUCAAAAUCAGCUUGCUUUCACACCUUUCGGCUUCAACGGAGGCAUGAACCCUGGUUCCGGUACUUACAACCCACAUGGCGCAUUAAAUGCUCAAGCGUAUGAUCAAGUUUACGGCCAAACUUACAGCAGUCAUAACUUUAUGGGACCGUAUCAGAAUACACAUGGUAGCUACCAAUACUCCAACCAGCAAUUUUUCGGCUUUCAUGACUCCGACUCAACACCUGUCAUGAACCAUGGCUUGAACUUCGACGGCCCAGGUGAGACGAUGCAGGAUCUAAAUGGCGGUCAUAACAGCAUGAGCUCCUUGCCACCUAGCAUCGGACUCAGCUCGGACAACACCAGAUUCGGUAACUUUACUGACUCUGCCGGUGUCACCUAUGACUUAAUCGAUCCUAGCGAAAUUCCUGAACAGGGUUUCGAAUCGUUCAAUGAUGAUUUUGUUCAAGCUUACAAUUCCAACCAGCCUUUCAACCCUGAUGACAACAACCUUUGA